CGAUAAAAUUUUAGAUUUUACCGAAAAGUCAUGUGUCAUUUUCACAAUAUCUAAUACUUUUUGUCAAUUAAAUUUUUUUUCUCACUCCUGCUGUUAGCCCUGUUUUAUGUGUAUGUGUAGUGCAGCCACCUGAACAUCACUAAUUCAAAGAAGGCCGAAAGCCCAAAAUAGUAAUUGGGUUGGGCCCAUUAGCCUUGAUCUUGCUUCCAGUUAGGCUACAAAAAUAUACGUAUGCUAUUACAAAGUUAUUAUUUAAAUUGAUGCUUCUAAGGUACAAAAAUACCUCCUUUUUUUUUCAAGAUACUCAACUGGUCAAGUGUCCAGGGAUAUCGUGUUGUUGAAUUUAAAAAUAAAAAAAAAUAUAUGGAAAACAAAAACUUUCUUUUUUCCCUAAAUGAGAACAUCACGAUUUACAUCAUGUGCUUAAUUUUGUUUGUGAAGUUUUUGUGCUCCAUCCGCAUUAAAAUAAUAAUGAGAUGAGUUUUUUUCGGUAGAACUCAUGGAGUGAAGCUGAUCUAGCAAUGGGGAUUUUGUAACAAAUUGGGGGCAGAAUUAUGUUCAAUCCAAAAUGGGUUUUAUUGGAUUUAAUCAAAGAUUGUAAGAACUUGAGGAUCUUUAGGCAAAUUCAUGCUCAGUUGGUAACAUCAGGAUUAGUUUACGAUGAAUUUGUCACAAACAAAGUGGUGGAAUUCUUUGCCAACUUUGUGGAGUUUGGUGACUAUGCCUGUGAUUAUAUGAAACAAGACAACACGCGCUUGAGUUCAUUUCCACUUAACUCUCUGAUUUAUGGGUAUGUUGGUGGCGACUUUCCGCAAAUGGCUGUUUCAGUUUAUAGGAGGAUGGUUAGAGAUGGGUUUGUUCCUGAUCUGUUUACUUUUCCAGUGGUUUUGAAAGCAUGUUCUAACUUUUCAGGGAGUAGAGAAGGCACACAGGUACACGGUGUGGUGGUUAAGUUGGGGCUUUUGAGUGAUCUUUAUGUGCAAAAUUCGCUGGUUCGUUUCUAUGGAGCUUGUGGGACUUUUCCUAGUGCAGGUAAGGUGUUUGAUGAAAUGCUUGUGCGAGAUGUAGUUUCUUGGAACAGCUUGAUAUCUGGGUUGGUGAAGGCGGGACAUUAUGGUGAGGCCAUUGCUUUGUUUUUCAGGAUGGAUGUGGAGCCAAGCAUUACAACUUUAGUCAGUGUGCUUGCUGCUUGUGCGAGAAAGAGAGACUUGGGUAUGGGAAAGGGAAUUCAUGGGUUGAUUGAGCGAAAGUUUAAGUCAGAUUUAGUGCUAGGCAAUGCGAUUCUAGAUAUGUACGUAAAGAAUGGAUGUUUGUGUGAAGCAAAGAAAGUAUUUGAUGAUCUCCCUGUGAGAGAUAUUGUGUCAUGGACUAUUAUAAUCACUGGAUUGGUACAGAGUAACCAUCCAAGAGAGUCCUUGGAACUGUUUUCGAUGAUGCAGACCUCGGGCAUUAGUCCAGAUGGGAUCAUCUUAACUAGUGUUCUCUCUGCUUGUGCUAGCCUAGGAACUCUAGAUUUUGGCACAUGGGUCCAUGAGUACAUAGAUCAAAGAGGAAUCAAAUGGGACAUCCAUAUCGGAACUGCUAUGGUUGACAUGUAUGCCAAGUGCGGCUGUAUCGAAAUGGCGCUGCAAAUCUUUAAUAAUAUGCCUCAAAGGAAUACCUUCACUUGGAACGCGUUGCUAUGCGGUCUAGCAAUGCAUGGACUUGUGCAUAAAGCACUAAAUCUUUUUGAAGUAAUGAUAAUGUCCGGUGUCAAGCCUAAUGAGGUAACAUUUCUAGCGAUUUUGACAGCUUGCUGCCAUUCUGGUCUGGUUGAUGAAGGGCGCAAGUAUUGGAAUAAAGUGAGUAGUAAACUGUACAAUCUAUCGCCGAAGUUGGAGCACUAUGGAUGCAUGAUUGAUUUGUUCUGUAGGGCUGGACUCUUGGAGGAAGCUGUGGAGUUGGCAAGGACUAUGCCAAUGAAGCCUGAUGUGCUUAUCUGGGGAGUGCUACUCAAUGCUUGCACAUCUUUUGGAAAUGCAGAGCUCUCUCAACACAUACAAGAUUACAUCUUAGAUCUUGAUCCAGAGGAUAGUGGAGUCUUUGUGCUGCUGUCCAAUACAUAUGCUACUAGUGAAAGAUGGACUGACGUGACCCGAUUAAGGAGGUUGAUGAAGGAUAGAGGUGUGAAAAAAGCACCAGGAUCAAGUGUCAUCGAGGUGGAUGGUAAGACUCACGAGUUCGUGGUUGGAGAUAUUAGCCACCAUAAAACUGAAGAAAUCUACCAACUGUUAAACCUCGUCAACUCUGUCCAUCAUGAAGCCCAUUUGAUGCAUCCAUUUUAGGUUAAUGGUCAAUUUUCUGGCAAGUCUUUUGGAUAACAACUUCGAAACCCUGUUUAGACCGAUUCAUCAGCAUCUACUGCUGCUACGUUGGAACAGAUUUUCUUCAAUUUUUUGUCCAGAUGUAUCAUCUACCACUUUGUCUAGCUUUAUUGCAGCAGGAAAUUCUAAAGUCUGCAGUUAAAAUUGAUAAGAUGAAUUAAUAUCCUAUCAAGGAAGCGGUGAGCAAUGAACAGGAUGGAAAUUGCUAUCUUCUUGUUUCAUUAUAAUCCAUCAAGAGAACUAUCUUCUUAUCUAGCCAUGAAGACACCGCCCACCUACAUCCAGAAAGCUCAUUGAAGUUUCAAGAGUCAAGAUUGGGUUGGACGUUGAAGAUAGGACAGCGGAAAGUUUCAAAUAAGGAUUGAACUACUACCGAAUUAAUGAGAUCUUUCUCACUGACAAAUCAGAAAGCAGCCAACAGUUUUAGUAGAUCAAGAGAGAUCUUGCAGCAAUGUAAGAGAUUGAUGAUUUAUGGUAUGCAGUCAUUUACAUUUUUUUAAUU